UUGACAUUUAUUAUUUGAUAUUGAUAACGUAUCUACGAUAUAAACAUUGGACUGUAAAUAGUAUUUAAAAUGGUAUCAAACAUUUCAAGACCUCACAUUUUAGCCAUUUACAAGUCUUUACUAAGAGAAUCUCAAAAAUUCAGUAAUUAUAACUUUAGAUUAUACGCACUGCGAAGAGUAAGAGAUGCUUUCAAAGAGCACAAAUCACUUCAAGAUCAUAAGUUAAUAAAGAAAGAAUAUGACUUUGCAAAGGAUAAUUUGGAGAUCAUCAAACGCCAGGUUGUUAUUGGAGAAAUGUAUAGGACAGAUAAGCUUGUCAUUGAAAAUCAACAGUAGAGAAAACAGCGAACAUGGAAUGGAAAAUAAUUAAUCAUCUUAAGGAGCGUCACACUAGAAAUUGAAAUACAAGUACAAUUUUAUAUAUAUGAAGCAAUGCAAAUAUUUAAUUUCUGCUGUAUUAAAGUUACAUUUUAAACUAGUAUUGUAAGUAAAUAUGAGUGAUGUAUGUUAAAGGAUUAGAUUUUUGGUCUAAAUGAAAAAAAAAUUGUUAAUAAAUAAUAGCAAAUAGUUGUUUAAGCAUUAUGGGUUUUUUUAUUUACUACCAAUACCCUACAUAUUUUUCCUUGUUAUGUUUUUAGUGUUGCCAGUCUGUUUUUGAUUUUAGAAACAGUUUUAGUUCUGAUGCGAUAGUUGUAAAUAAUUUUUAAAGUUUGUUGGCAAUUUCAAAAGUGCAUUUGUUAAUGUUAAUGUAAAGACAACUUCGGUUUUAUGCAUAAAUAUUAUACCUGUAACAUUCAAGUA